GUACUUGUCUACUUGACGAAGUUAACUCAAUUGGGAAUAAGAGAGGACAAAGAAGCAAACUGUUGUAAAACUUAACAAUGAACAGAAAUCAUCAUCCCUCCCAAAAUUCUGCAACUUCAUCUUCUCGUUCUUCUUCUUCAUCUUCAUACUCUAAUUCUAAUUCCAGACAUCACAACUAUGUCACCAGAACUUCGGGUCCAAAACCCAAUUGGAAUCGCAUCUCUAACAGACCCCAAAGAGUUCCAUUGGAAGAAGAUACUGAUUGUACCACUCCUCACUGUAUUGUUGGAACUUGCCCUUUUAUGUGCCCAGAAAAGGAGAGAAUCCAGCGUGAGCAGCUUCGAGAUCUAGCUGUAUUUGAAAGAUUGAAUGGAAAUCAGUCAAAAUCAUCCUCAAUGCUCGCUGUUAAAAAGUUUUGCAGAACUAUCUUAAUGAAGGAAGUUCAAGCAUCAGAUAUACGCCCUCUGCCGGUUUUGGAGGACACAUUGGAUUACCUUAUGAAGUUGUUGGAUUCAUCUGAACAUUCUUUUCUUGUUCUUCAUGAUUUCAUCUCUGAUAGGACAAGGUCCAUUAGGCAAGAUCUCAGCAUGCAGAACAUCAACAAUGAUAAAGUGAUCUGCAUGUACGAGAAAAUGAUUAGGUUUCAUGUCACCUCCCACUACAAGCUUAGAAGAUGUGAGGGUGACAGUACCACUUUAUCUUCAAUCCAUCAUCUUAAUAUGGAGCAGCUCACUAAGUGCCUUGGAUCACUAUAUAACCUAUACGAUAUCAACCGCACUUCAGAUUCUGUUUUUGACAAUGAGGCUGAAUAUCGAUCUUUAUAUGUCCUCCUUCAUCUUGAGACUCAUAGCCAUUCAACGGGCGAGUCUCUAUCUUUGUGGUUUUCUCGUCUAUCUUCAUAUAUUGUUGGCUCAAAGGAGAUGUGCUUUGCGCGAACAGUGUUAAGGUCUUUUCGGAUCGGCAAUUUUUGGCGUUUCUUUCACACUGUAGCAUCAGAGGCAACUAACCUACAGUUCUGCAUCAUUGAGCCUUAUAUCAUGGAGGUUAGGGCACUUGCUGUAGCGUGUAUAAAUUCCAGUGGCUACAAGCUUCAUCCUUAUCCAUUAACAUCUCUUUCAAAAAUCCUGAUGAUUAAGGAAUCGGAUUUGGAAACCUUCUGCAAUGCUUGUGGCCUGCAGACUUCCCAAGAUGAUAUGGGGAAUAAGGUCUUACCCACCAAGCAAACUGGAUAUUCCCAUCCCAAGGGAGGAUUUCAGUGCAAUCUUUUCCCGUGGUUGGAGUUGCUGGAGAAGGAUGCUAUUGGAAAGUAAAUAGUGAUGUUAUUGGAAAGUAAAUAGUGAUGUUAUUGGAAAGUAAGGUGGAGGAAAGAGAAAGUGAGGUGGAGGAAGAAGGAAAGCAGGGAUAAAUUCUGGGCGACAUCCGCAAUGAGAUGCUCUAAACCCAAUUACAUUACCAAAGAAUCUCGUCUUGAUGGAAUUAUUGGAUACUUUUUCAAAACUUUCAAAUUUGUAUUAAGUUAUUAUAGAAGGGAGGGACAAACAAUUUUUUUUUGGGUAGGUCCAACAUCGUCGAACUGGCAUUCAUUCUUCUAAUUUUUCCAUCUACUACGAAAGACAGGCAAAGUCCGAAUUUGUGAAAGACAUGUUAUUCUUUCUUUUUUAAAUGAAUGUUAGGCUGUUCA